AUGUGCAUGCCUAGUUCGAGCUCACCGCGAUGGUGGAGCAUGUUCGAUCCUAGAACGUCGUAUGGUCGCAUCUACCUCUGUCUGCUAGCACUCCGUUGCUUCAGCGCGUUGUUCGGCUACGGCUACAUCCACCCGGACGAAUGGAUGCAAUCCGGUGAGACUUACUUUUGGCUCAGUCUCGCCAACUCGGACGCGCAGUUGACAUGGGAAUGGCAACCGAAUCAUGCUUUGCGUUCGCUCUCGGUCCUUCUCAUGCAGUAUGUCGCUGUCGAACCGAUGCUCAAGAUCCGCAGACUUUUAGGCGGACCGCUAACGGGACAUUCUUUGUUCCUGAUUCAGCGCAUCAACAUGCUGUUGUGGAGCCUGGUUCUCGAUAUUAGUAUCGUCUUUUUCCUACCGCCACAGACAACACGAUACGUCCACUACCUCUUUGGCAUCUCGACAGCAGCAACCACCUUUCUCGUACGCCCCUUUAGCAACUCGCACGAAGCAUACCUGCUCGCUUUCUGCCUUCUUCUCGUUGCCAACCGGUUCAAAUCGCCGACCUGGUAUCAGUGUGACAGGCCGGCACUACCACACUGGGGCAUCCUCGUGGGGCUCUUUGCCGUCGAUGGCUUUUUCAUGCGCUUUACUUUCGCCAUCUUUGCUCUGCCUCUCGCCGCUUUUGUCUUUUAUCGCCAUGUGCGACUGGCAAUCCAGGGCCACCCUCGAACGGCUUUGAUCUCGCUGUCCAUCGCAAUCACGAUUGCGAUCGCCUUCUUUGGCCUUCGUAUCGAAACGGAAACCAGCUUCUAUACGAGGUUGGCCAAGAUGAAUUGCAUGGAACUGGCGACUUUCUGGCGAACAAAGUGGGUUGUACCACCCGUCAAUGCUUUGCUGUACAAUGUCAAGACGGACAACGUGGCUCAGCAUGGUCUGCAUCCGAGAUGGUUGCAUGCGGUGGUCAACUUUCCGAUGAUGGUGGGGGCUGCCAAUUGCAUUGUUGUGGUAAUCCAGGGCUACCUAUUUGUGCGCGACAAAGUUGGUCCAAGUACCGACAUACAGACGGCAGCGAGCCAGGAGGUUGUCGAAGAACAAGAGCAGGAGCGGAAGGAAGUUGAACGACCAAUGGACGGCACUACGGCCUGCCAAGUUGCAUCGACGUCGAGCAAGCCGGAGCAAGCAUGCAUCGAUGAGCAAGUGGCGUGGGUCGACAUCGAAGCGACCAUUGUAGCACUAAGUCUUUGGAUUGUCGUCUUGUCGCUCGCGAUGCUUUCCAUGUCACCGCAUCAAGAAGCGCGCUUUCUGCUUGCGCUCGCCUUCCCGUCCACGAUCGUCAUGGCGUACGCGCUGCAGUCGCGCUUCUUCACGCAUCGAGUGCGCCUGAUGCGUACGCUCUGCGUGCUUCACGUUGUCCAACACGUUGUCCAACUCGUGCUGUUUUCAUUUCUCCACCAAGCUGCGCUGUUGCCUACCGUGUUCUCGAUCGACACAUCGCUCUCGCGCCUCACUAGGCAUGCUGAUCCAUUGUUGGAGCGGUACGAACAUCAUCUGCUCUACCGCACGUUCAGCGUCCCGUUCCACAUGCUGCCCAACAAGGGUACAGCCAUGUUGCCGCACGUCGAGCAGUACGACUCUACAUACAGCGCGAGCAAGCUCGUUUACAUGGCGAGCAUCGCUUGCGAUCACACGUGGAUCUACGCCCCCACCUGGGUCGUCAAUCACUUACACGCCGAAGCACACAGUCAGCAGACAGUCGACUUGGUCCAAGUCGCACUCUUCCCUUGGCAUCUAGAUCUCGACCACCUCGCUCAAACUUGGGCUACGACAAAUUCCGUGCCCGUAACAGAGGCUUUUGCGAUCCAAAAGCUCCAUGUAAGGUGCAAACCGAAUGAGUCGAGCCAGCACCACAUCUCGGCACAGACCCAACAAGACCCGAGGAAAUCUCAAUCACAUCAGGAUUUGUAG